AUGAUUACGCUGGCUUCUUCCGGUAGAGCCUGCAGUUCGGCCUGCAGUAGCCUACACACCGUCGCCAGGGACGGCUUCUUGGCCUGCUUGGCUCCGAAACCGUCUGGCCCCCGAUACUCUCCCGUCUUCUCCCCCUUCUCGACUCCUCGAUCCCCGCGAUUCUUCCCUCGACGUGCCUUUCAAUCCACGUCGUCAUUAGACUCAGCCACCCCGCGCAUUUCGUAUCGAGUCGCUGCCUCCUCAUCCGGCAAAGGCCGCCGCUUCCAUCCAGCGAAAAACUCCUACAAUUUCAACCCCGAACUUCACGAGGCCAUCGGGGUCGCAACGGAUACACCGAACAGGGCUCUCCGGCGGAAGAGGAGGCCCGACAGUGGCGAGGAUGCGUUUUUCGUGAGCCAAGUCGGUCGGAAGGACUCCGGGGCCGUAGCCUUUGCCGUGGCAGACGGCGUGGGCGGCUGGGCCGAGUCCCGCGUCGACCCAGCAGAUUUCUCGCAUGCGCUAUGCGGCUACAUGGCUGAAGCCGCCAUAUCCUGGGACUCUCCCGCCGAACAAUUGCGGGCCAAGCACCUUCUCCAGGCCGGCUAUGACCAGGUCGUGGCAGAUGAGACGAUCCGAGCCGGUGGCAGCACCGCGUCAGUCGGCGUCGGACUGGAAGACGGACGACUCGAGCUGGCCAACUUGGGUGACUCGGGCUCUGUACUCCUUCGACUCGCGGCUGUGCAUCAUUACUCCAUCCCACAGACCCACGGGUUUAACACUCCCUAUCAGCUCAGCAUUAUCCCCCCGCGCAUGCGCGCCCAGGCGUCCAUCUUCGGCGGGUCAUUCCUCGAGGACUUGCCGCGCGAUGCGGCCGUCACCAACCUCCACAUGCAACACGGCGAUGUUCUCAUCCUGGCCACCGACGGUGUUUUCGAUAACCUGAACAAUCAAGACAUCCUCAAGCUCGUCACCAGUCGCAUGGUCCUGACGGGCGCCUGGAGCGCAACCCCUGACUCCGGGAUCCGGCCCUCUGAGGAUCUCAAACAGUUGACUGGCCCAGAGGGCCUGACCUCCCUUCUCCCUUCGCCAUCCGCAUCUCCCUCCGACCCUGACUCCCCGAAAGCAUCCUCGCCCAGCACCCGUGAGCAAACCUACACCCUGCAGUCCCUCAUCGCCGCCACCAUCGCCGGCGAGGCUAAGCUGGCCAGCAUGGACAUGCGCCGUGACGGUCCCUUCGCCAAGGAAGCCCAGCGCUAUUACCCCGGCGACUGGUACCGCGGUGGGAAAGUCGACGAUAUCAGCGUGGUGGCUGUAGUUGCCGUGGAUGAGGGAUACUCUGGUUAA